UAGAUUUUCUUUUUUGAAUCUUGCCAAAAGGUGAAUAAACAGUAUGUGUCCUCAGAACCCCCUCUGGGACUUCCUUCUGUGAAGGUAUGACCAGCAAAACGAAAAGUAGGACCUGUAGUUAUGUGUUCUAAUGGCAGCAUUGUUGUUCUUUGUAGCUUUACUGUUACAAGGACAAUGUGACCGUAGAGAUGUCACUAAGGCCUAAAUCCCUGGAAAGGAAUGUUUGUUUGGCUUGUGUAAGCGGUCUGUUUUAUUAUCGCCCUCACAUUGCGCUUGCUUUUCUUCGCCCCCAGUUUGACCAGAAGAGCAGGUGUGCUUUUUGUAGUGCUGCUAAAUACCCUUCACAUGCCAAGUGGAACUUUAGUGAUCCUUAAAUUAGCUCUAUGCUUUUAUCAACUUUCAAAUUCUUGUAGGGAAAAUGGUAAUUGAUAAUAGGGUUUUCCUAGAUACAGGUGGUUCUCUAUGUGAGGUUUUACAGGAGCUCUGCUAUUAACACCUCAGUGAAAGCAUUUUAUAUUUUAAUGAUGUAGUUUCAUCCUUAACAUUAAUAUAAAGAGAGAAAAUAAAUAUAUGACCUUGUUUGCGUAGCUCCAUGUAAAAUCAUAUAAUUGUUGAUCUAUAAAAAAUACCAAUACCAUAUCUAUACCAAUAUCCAAGCCUCAUUUGCUUGUGAUUUGACCUAAUACUAAUGUAAAAGUUGAUUUGACUUUGUGUUUCAUCAAAGAUUAGUUUGAUGUGUUAUUUUGACUCGGCUGACUCUCCAUACAUAAACGGUCCAAUGUCACAGCUCACAUGAAAGAUGUUUGAAGUAGCAAAAGUAUUUUGCUUGAGGCCAAAUAGCAGAGACCAUGUGAUUUAACACCAGCCUCCUGUGCGUCACCAGCAGGUGCUGUGUUCCACGAUUGGCUGAGAGGAGGGCAGGGCUCUUUUCUGCCCAUCUCCUUUUUUAGCUCAGCCACAACAUGUCACAUCUUGUGCAUGUUCUAGUGUUCUUCCGCACUGAGAAUUACACCAGGGUUGUUUUGGCCUCUGUAUGUUGGUCUCUGGUGAAAGUGGAUUUAAACUGAAAUAUAAGUAACUCUGCGUGUAACAGAAGAUCCUUUUUUUCUUUAGCAUUGUGCAAGUAAGUGAUCUUCUGUAGAGCCUUUGGUGCCAGCCAGGAUGAUUCUGGCAACAUUAAAGGGCAUUGGGAAGCAGCUCCUGCGGGUGAAGGUGGUGGACUGUAACACAGAGGACUCUCGCUUGUCUCGAUGCCUCAACACGUUCGAUCUGGUGGCCCUUGGUGUCGGCAGUACGCUUGGUGCUGGAGUCUAUGUCCUCGCUGGCGCCGUAGCCCGGGAAAACUCUGGACCUGCCAUUGUCCUCUCGUUCCUCAUUGCUGCCCUCGCCUCUGUCCUGGCUGGUCUAUGCUACGCCGAGUUUGGAGCCCGUGUCCCCAAAACUGGUUCGGCUUACCUCUACAGCUAUGUGACGGUUGGAGAACUGUGGGCUUUUAUCACAGGCUGGAACCUCAUCCUCUCUUAUGUCAUUGGAACUUCAAGUGUGGCCAGAGCGUGGAGUGCAACCUUUGAUGAGCUGAUUGGAAAGCACAUUGAGGUUUUUUGCCGAAAUUACAUACCUAUGAAAGCCCCGGGCAUCCUGGCAGAGUAUCCGGACAUAUUUGCUGUCUUAAUCAUAAUCAUUCUGACAGGUCUGCUUGCAUUUGGAGUAAAGGAGUCAGCCAUGGUUAAUAAAGUGUUCACCUGCAUCAAUGUACUGGUGCUGCUGUUUGUCAUCGUCUCGGGCUUGGUCAAAGGAAACCUAAAAAAUUGGAAUUUGAACCCUGAGGAAAUCCUCAAUGCCACCCGCAACUCUAGCUCUAAUACAACUUAUAUACCGACAAAACAAAAUCUUGGUGAAGGUGGUUUCAUGCCUUUUGGUAUUAGUGGAGUCCUCUCUGGUGCCGCCACCUGCUUUUAUGCCUUUGUAGGGUUUGAUUGCAUAGCCACUACAGGAGAGGAAGUGAGAAAUCCUCAGAGGGCCAUUCCUAUUGGGAUUGUGGCAUCACUCCUAAUUUGUUUUGUGGCAUACUUUGGUGUGUCCGGGGCCCUCACUAUGAUGAUGCCCUACUACAUGCUGGAUAAGAAUAGCCCUCUGCCAGUGGCCUUUACGUAUGUGGGCUGGGAGGGAGCCAAUUAUGCCGUGGCCAUUGGCUCUUUAUGUGCCCUGUCAACCAGUUUACUAGGCUCCAUGUUCCCAAUGCCCAGAGUGAUCUGGGCCAUGGCAGAAGAUGGGCUGCUCUUCAAAUGUUUGGCCACAAUCAGCCCACGAACCAAAACCCCUCUAACAGCUACAGUAACAUCAGGUGUUGUGGCAGCUGUGAUGGCUUUCCUGUUUGACUUGAAGGACCUGGUUGACCUCAUGUCCAUUGGCACUUUGCUGGCCUAUACCCUGGUGGCUGCCUGUGUGCUGGUUCUCAGGUACCAGCCUGAACAGCCCAGUAACGCCUAUGAGAUGGCCAACACUCAGGAUGAACCUGAUCUGUCUGAAUCUUAUAACGAAGGGAGCAUUGACAUACUAGCACAAACAGAGGAUCGCUUAACCAUCAGGAAUCUGCUUUACCCUUCGAACACAGAGCCGUCCAACACGUCAGGAUUCGCCGUCAACAUUUGCACCAGCGUACUUGGUGUGCUGGUGUUUGUUUUCAGCAUUGUUGCUGUUCAUGGAGGGUUAGCUGCCUGGUCAUUGUCUGUGCUCUGCAUUAUCGUGGUGGUCUGUCUCAUCGUCACCCUGGUUGUGUGGAGACAGCCGCAGAGCAAAACCAAGCUCGCCUUUAAGGUUCCACUGCUGCCCGUUGUCCCAGUCCUUAGUAUGUUCAUCAACGUCUAUUUGAUGAUGCAGCUCGGCCGAGGAACCUGGCUGCGCUUUGCCAUCUGGAUGGUCUUAGGUUUCUUUAUCUACUUUGGCUAUGGUAUUCGCAACAGUGUAGAGGCAUCAAUGACCAGGUCUGACACCUACACUCCAGCAUGCUCAAUAAAGGGAGCCCCCAUGGCCCCAGAGAAGGAAGCCUUCCUGCACGAAAUACCAAACAUCGGAGACGAUGAUGAAGAUUCAUGAGGAGACAAGAGGUUCCUUUAUCCACCAUAUUUCUGUUCUGCUGAACCCUCUAAAAUAGCUGCCAAUCUAGGAAACGUGUGGAGACUUUUAUGCAGCCCUACAGUCAGAGGGUUGAGUUGUUUCCUUGUUUCUGCCAACAUUUUUGAGUAAAGUAAAAGUAAAAAGGCUAGUUGGAAAUAAAAAUGAUAUAUGACUUCAUUCAUCUAAAAAUAAAAACAAUAUUUCGUUCAAGAGAACUUUUUAAUGUUUAGCCAAAAUUAUAUUUUGUAUAUAUUUUGCACAAUUAAAUGUGUUAAACAAGAUCGUCCAAAAACCAGAGAACAAGUAGAUUUAAACACGUUUUUUUAAUGCACCUAUUGUCUAUUUUUAACCUUUAUUGUGGUUCCUUAAUCCACAGUCAAUCAGAUAAAGGCCCAUUAUUUCAUUUUAUUUUAUUUCAUUUUCUGUUAAAGCAUACUUGCAUACAUUUUUAUGAGGCUUAAAUUCAAUUGUUUCAAAAUACAGUAUCUGGCAGAUUUUCUGGAAAACGUUUGGCCUUUGUCAUGCGCAUUAAAAGACACAGUGCCUCUGUACCAGAGAAAUGCAUUUUUAUCCCCACAAUGCCUUAUUCCACACCUUUUUUUUAAUUAAUUGCAUUUAUUUAGGAAAACAUUUUCAAACUAAACUGAGAAUGUUGCUGUAUUUCCAGUGCCUUUUUGUGUUGUUAGUUUACUCCAAAGGUACACAUUUGUAUGUGUUGUUUUUGAGAAAAAUGCACGGUAUAGAAAGUACAACUCUGUUACUGGGAUGUACCGUAAAUAAUGCAUAAUGGUGCUGUGAACAAUCUAAUUUGUGAUCAAUAUAUCUCUAUGUCUGAUAGAUGGUUUUGUCAUGGCAGACUUUUAGCAGAAAACAAAUACACCAGUGUUUGCUCCAUCAGGAAACUUUUUUAAUUAGCCAAAGAAAAAUAAGCUGCUAAUGUGAAGUGAUCUAUCAGUUACUUCAGAGGAUGUAUUUUAAGUGCCUAUUACCCAAAUGAAUGUCAAACUAUUAAAGAGGUAUGAUAUUGCUCUUUUAACAGUUAGUGUGAAUUACAUAUUGUUUGUAUAUAAUGUACUCUUUUUAAAAGCGUAUAUUUAUAAUGUAUGAGAGAGAUUUCCCCUUAGUUUUCAUUUUUAGGUGCCAUACAUCUGAAUGGGAUGAAGUUCAAUCAGUUUUCCAUAAUGGUCAGAAACACACUAGACCAUAUGUUACAGUGGUCCUCCAUCAGUUGUUUAUCUGAAGUGUCUCUGACAGCCGGACAUUAUUUAUUGAUUAUGGAGAGUAAAGCUGUGUGUCCAGACUCCCACGGCAGCUAAAACUGGAAAACAAAGCAUCAAAGUAUUUUAACUAAGGACUGAAAAUUCAACAAGGUGAAAAAUGUUCUUUUUGAGUCCUAUUUAGAAUGAAAACUAUGAUGAAUUACAUUUUUUGCUAUUUAUGUUCCCUUUAGGGACACUAUUGAUUUAACCAUGAGCCAAAUUUCUGUUACAUGUAUUUGGAUUACGAGUUAAAACAAUUUUGCCAUUUUUUAUAAAUUACAUGGAAAUAGCCUGCAAGUUUAAAGUACUAAAUAGCUUGUAAAUAAUUACUGUCUUUAUGUCUAACAUUGAUUCAUUUGAAAAUAUUGAAGCAGCUUUAACACGUGAUAUUAGGGUGCAGAAAGUAACUGUUCGCUAUUCACAACUAGGCUGUGUUGUUUGAAUUAGUGGGAUAUUAUACAUUCAACAUUACCCCUUUCUAACAGUUAAUGUUUGCUUUUGUAAAUACUGUUUUUAUUUUUGCUUAAAGUUGCUGCCAAUGUUACAUGUUUUUCCUUCAACCUCUACAAUCUUUUGUUGCAAGCAUUAUGUAAAGUAAAAUGGUGAUACAAACUGUGCCAACAGUAUUGUAGCCGUUGACUAUAAAUAGAUAGAAUAUAUUAGUUUAAAAGAUAAGCCUUAUUUUGUAAUGGAUGCUGUAGUUGCAUUAAAACUUGUGAGACUUCAUCUCUGUUAUAUGUAAACAUUUGCAUGCUGCACCAUUUGAAAAAUUGUCGUGAAGCUUGCAAAUCAAAAGGUUUAUUUUUUUAAAAGCACUGCUAACUUAAAAAUGUGUUUACAGUGUAUUACAGUGGUGAAGUCAGCUGUUCAGCAUUUGUUGUCUUGAUGAUUGGUUGCGUUUGUAUAGUUGCUGCUGUAAAUAAAUACUGCUGGAAGUUACAGCCACA